GAAAUUUGUGUCUUUUAGAUAACCCUUGUCUAAGGCCACUGAGCUCGCAUCACGCCAGGAUCCAAAAGGCGUUUGUUUUGACUUCGAGAAACAACUGUUUUCGCCCCAAAUAAGCUUUCAGGAUGAGCAAGGCACAUCCACCAGAGUUGAAGAAGUAUAUGGACAAGCGCGUCAUGACCAAGCUGAAUGGUGGACGCGUGGUCGAGGGAACACUAAGAGGCUUUGACCCCUUCAUGAACCUUGUGGUGGAUGAUGGGGUGGAAGUGCGCAGGAGUGGAGAUCGUGUCAGGGUUGGCUUUGUGGUCAUCCGAGGCAGUAGCAUCAUCAUGCUUGAAGCCCUGGAUCGGAUAUCGUAGUCUUGUACCCAAAUAAUAUUAAACUUUAAGUUAGGAUCUUAGAAAGAUGUAAUUCAGCUUAAGUUUUGAUUAGAAGCAGCCAUUCUUAUAUGUGAAGAAUUAUUUAGUUUUUCCGAAGAAUUUCCAGUUUUUUCCUGGAAUUAUUAUGUGAAUGUGUUUUCAGUAAAAUAAUGAUUUUG